AUGCGCGGUGUAAUCGCGGUCGGAAAGGCGAUCAGCCAGGCCGCAGCUAGACAGCGCUCCUGGCUGCAGGCCACUGCGCUUCGCAGCCUGCCACCCACAAUCGCCGACGCGCCAACCAGCCAGGCCGAGGGCAUUGGAGCUGUUCAGCUGCCGCAAAUCCUCGGGGGCCUUGGACGCCGGGGUCUGGCCAUGGGCCAACACCCGCUGUACGAGCUCGACAAGAUCCAGCGUACGGCAGAGGGCCAUAUCGACAUCACUGAGGACGAGCCGGGCACUGGCGACAUGCCUCACGUGACGGGUCGACUGCCGGACCUGGUGGAGGAGGAGUUCCGCGUGACACGGGAGGAGGAGGAGGUGGAGAAAGGCAGGCAAGGCGCCAUCCAGGACCUACCCGAGUUCUUCACAAGCGACACCAUCCCCUCCUCCGCCUCCUCCUUCGCCGCCUCCUCCGCCUCCGCCGCUGCCGACCUCCACACGGGCGCCCCCUCGGACUCCACCUACGUGCCCCCCUCCCCGGACUACUCCCACGGCGCCAUCCCUGUAGUGACAGACCCGGGGACGGGACUGGCCAGCGGCUCGGUGGCGGUCGCGGACGGGGCGAGGCGGGCUGAGCGGGGGCAGGCGGUGAUCCGGGGCCCGGGAGCGGAGACGGAGGUGGGAUUGAGCUCCAAGGGGGGUCCUGAGCAGCCCGAGGAACGGUGA